AUGCCGACCACAAGAAGUGGAAAAGAAUCCUUUCCAACUUCAUCCAUACUCUCCUCUUCUAGGAAGCAGACCAAGCGCACCAAGCGCACCAACAACACCAACUCUCUGGACCAUUCAAUUCCAGCGAUCCAAACUAGUCUCCCAGACGACAUCAUCCAUAACAUCAUCUCAAACCUCUCAGCAUACUCCGGCACUUUAGCCAAUUGCUGUUUAGUCUCGAAGAUGUUUUAUCGAGUCGCUUCUCCUGUCCUUUGGAGACAUCUCAAGUUGAAUCCUUGGAAGAUAGAUGAUGGAAAGAAAGUGUUGGAUGGAUGUAAGGAGAGUUUCGGUGGAAUUAACGAUCGUCAAACUGGACGCAAGAAACAUAGAGAAGAUGUGAGAAUAUUCAGUCUCUGGGACCAUCCUCCCGAAUGGUGUCAACCUCAAAGGAAAACAGCUCUCACGCUACCUAAGUUACAGGUUCUACGUAUUCAUACAACCAUGAAAGCUAUUCACAUUUUCACCCCAUACGACAGUGAAAUCCCCAAAUGUCGAAUUCUCUCCAACCUUUCUCCGAGUCGAUUAGUCUUACGUGGUAUCCCUCUCUACAACAUCGAUCUAUCUCGUAUACCUUUAUCCGAGUCGUCCUGGUCCAAGAUGGAGGAGAUUACAUUUAUAUCUUCGGGUUAUGAGGCCGCACGAAAUAGCUCGUGUUGCCACCGCUUCACGAGCGUCUUCGCUCUUCCGUCCCUCAAAAGAAUCUUUUGGAUAUUUGACCCUUCGUCGCCACCUCAUUCUUGGAAUGCAAGCCAAUCUCCGUCUAUCCCCCUUCACUGUUGCUGUCUAGUCAAAUUAUUGAUACAGCUCCCUAAAAUUCCACUCACGAUCGUCAAUCUCGAUGCCACCGGUAUAUACCAUCCUGGUAGAGUCGGUUUAAGUUUUGAGGAUAUCAGUUACAUAGCUCAAAAUUAUUUGAUCGAUGGUCUUACGCAAGUAAUGGAUGAUUAUGGCUGGAACGAAGAUCAGAUACAAGAGAGAUGCGAGACCUUUAGGUUCGUCUCACUCCAAGGUUAUAUCGUGGAUGAGGAUUGGGUAGAUAUUCUAGACAAGAAAGAAUUAGACAAGUGGGUGAAGGUCAUGCAGACUCAGGAGGAAGACAGGCAUCAAGACAAAGCUGAAAAUGGGGAUGGAGACGAAGAUGAUAAACAGAUUGAGGACGAAGAUGAUGACAAGGAUUGUGACGAGGAGGAGACUGAACAAGAAGAGGUGGCGGGUUGA